AUGUGGCCUCGCAUGGCGAUGCAACAUCCCCGUCAAACGCUAAAAUAUCCGACGAAGCCUGACGGCGAGGCCGUCGAAUGGCGAGCCGACACUGAACUGGCUCGGGAUCCAAGCUCCCUUGGCACUGCUCCCCAGGCCUUGGCCGACUCCGUUUCUUGUCCCACCGAUAGCCGGCCCGCCGCGUGCUGCAUCGCAAGAGGCCGGACGCUGGGUACUCUGGGGUGCAUUGCCGGUAGAAAAUGA